AUGGAGUACGGUGAGAUCAUCGGAGCCCUGCAACAUGUCGCAUCCUGUGCCGGCAGCUUGCGGCUGUCUGCGUCGGUGGGUGCCUCAGCCUGGAUCUCGCUGCCGUUCCUCGCUGCAUUCGAGCCUCCCCCUUGUGUAGGAGCCGAUCGUGCGCAGUCCUUCGAGCGCCAGGCGGGGCCCUCCGGGCCUCCGGGCCGCGGUGCGUCUGACUGUCCGUGGUUCAAAUGCUGCAAGCAGUGCAAGCAGUGCGCCAGUGCAAGCAGCCAUGUGCAGGCCCGUUGCUUGGACAGCCGCAUCCAGCAGCCAUUUCUGACCAGUCUUGAGCAAAAGCCGCUCCUGACAGAUAUGCGGUCCGUGUUGCUGGCUAACUUCGGGGUCGCUUUGGCGCUCCUCGGCGACUCCCGGCCAUGGCUCCACCUCUUCGCGCCGCCCUUUGAAACGAAUGCGAAGGUGGUCCGCAAUUCAAUAAGCGCUCCGCACGGCGUGGACUGGAGCCCAGGGCCGAACAUGCUGUCCUUCGGACUCGACCCGGCCACUGCGGUCCACUCCAUGCUAGACGCCGCGGACUUUGUGUACUACGUAAAUGGCUCGAACGGCUCCAGCGAGAAGCAGAUGGCACUUCGUCUCAAGUUCACGAACGACGUUGAGGUCCUUCGUCAUCGACGCAGAGUGCUCCAGACAUUUCUGGACCAUCCGGAAACGUGCGGCCGCUGCAACAAAACAUCCAUCGAGCUCGGCAAGGUCGCUUUGCGCCAACUGCUGGCCUUCAAGGAGAAAGGAUACGUGCCGAGCAAACCUUUGAACUCAACUGUGGAGCUCCUGGUUCCGGUCCGUCUCGGGAAAGGAACGGAAUCCACCCCGCUUGCAGAGUUUCUGGCCAGGCAAGUCAGCCGUGUGGACAUGGCAACGGUCUUCGGAGGGGAGCCUGGGCCCAAUGACUACUCGAGGCCUGUGAGCGUGCAAUUCUUCGAGGGCUUUGCCUACAUUGUGGACGAAAGAAACCACCGCGUCCUGAAGGUCAAACCUGGCGAGGCCAAGGCUGAGAUAUUCUUCGGCGGACGGGGAGCGGGGGAUAGCCUGGAUCAGCUCGCUGCGUAUCCUUCGGGUAUCACGUUCUUUGAAGGCCACGCCUACAUCGCAGACCAGGGCAACCACCGCAUUCUGAAGGUCAAGCCGGGUAACACGCGGGGUGAGGUGUUUUUUGGAGGCCCAGGCCUUGGUGACGACUUGGAUCAUCUUGAAUCGCCUUCCGGAAUCACGUUCUUCGACGGCCACGCCUACAUUGCAGAUGAGGGCAACAACCGCAUUCUGAAGGUCAAGCCGGGCAACACAACCGGUGAGGUGUUUUUUGGAGGACAAGGCCGUGGUGAUGACUUGGAUCAUCUUGAAUCGCCUUCCGGAAUCACGUUCUUCGACGGCCACGCCUACAUUGCAGACCAGGGCAACAACCGCAUUCUGAAGGUCAAGAAGGGUAACACGCGGGGUAAGUUGUUUUUUGGAGGACAAGGCCGUGGUGAUGACUUGGAUCAGCUCGAUCGGCCUUCCGGAAUCACGUUCUUCGACGGCCACGCCUACAUUGCAGACAAAUUCAACGAGCGCAUUCUGAAGGUCAAGCCAGGCAACACGACCGGUGAGGUGUUUUUUUACUUGGGUUCUAUCAAUUGGCCUUCCGGAAUCACGUUCUUCGAAGGCCACGCCUACAUUGCGGACAAAUUCCGCAUUCUGAAGGUCCAGCCGGGCAACAACAGAACGGGCGAGGUUUUUUUUGGAGAGCAACGCUAUGGUAAUGACUUGGAUCAGCUUCGUACGGCUUCCGGAAUCACGUUCUUCGAAGGCCACGCCUACAUUGCAGACAAGUUCAACCACCGCAUUCUGAAGGUCAAGCCGGGCAACACAACCGGUGAGUUGUUUUUUGGCGGUGAGUAUCUUUCUGGAAUCACGUUCUUUGAAGGCCGCGCCUACAUUGCAGACGAGUUCAACCACCGCAUUCUGAAGGUCAAGCCGGGCAACACAACCGGUGAGGUGUUUUUUGGAGGACAAGGCCGUGGUGACGACUUGGAUCAGCUUAGUUCGCCUUCCGGAAUCACGUUCUUCGAAGGCCACGCCUACAUUGCAGACAAAUUCAACGAUCGCAUUCUGAAGGUCAAGCCGGGUAACACGCGGGGUGAGGUGUUUUUUGGAGGACAAGGCCGUGGUGACGACUUGGAUCAGCUUAGUUCGCCUUCCGGAAUCACGUUCUUCGAAGGCCACGCCUACAUUGCAGACAACUUCAACGAGCGCAUUCUGAAGGUCAAGCCGGGUAACACGCGGGGUGAGGUGUUUUUUGGAGGACAAGGCCGUGGUGACGACUUGGAUCAGCUUAGUUCGCCUUCCGGAAUCACGUUUUUUGAAGGCCACGCCUACAUUGCAGACACUUUCAACAACCGCAUUCUGAAGGUCAAGCCGGGCGACACAGCGGGUGAAGUCUUUCUGGUUUUGUCGGGCCCCGCGAAAGGCUUGGUGUUUGUGGCAGACACCGCCUUUGUGCUCAGCGGGAAUUCCAUAGUAAGGGUUGCCCGGGUCGAUCGGCAAGUGGACCUGUACUCCAACAGCUUGACCUUGGCCUCCACGUUAUUGAAGUGUUCCUCGGCCGUGAAGCUUCUCGAAAAGGAAGCCAGCACUUGUCCGUGGGGAGGGGCGGUGUGGCUUCCAGCCUGGCUACUUGAGUGCUGGUGCACAACAAAAGCCAGAGAUGCGGCCCCGGCUAUUUUCUUGCUGACAGGUGAUGAUUGCAGCAUUCCUCUGCCGAGUGAAACGCUAGAAGAAGGUCACUGGGGCCACUUGCCCCGUAUCACAGCGGACUCAACCACCGCUGCUGUGAAGUUUGAGGCGAAGUCCGAAGAGGUGCAACUGCCCACGGCGGCCUGGGGGCGGAAACUGAGCUUUUCGACAUUGCUGUUGGCCGUGGUGUUACCCAGCAUUUUGGCUCAUGCUGCCGGUUCGCCUGCCGGGCACGCUAUCUUCCUUGUUCAUGUCUUGGCUUUGGGUGUCUGGACCUUCAUGUUCGGCUUCCUCCAUCUUCCCUUCCUAGGCGUGAACACAGACUCUGGCGUGGGAUGCUUGCAGAUCGCAUCCACCGUCCUGCUCACGGUUGCAUUGCCCUGGGCCGCUGUACCUUUGUCUUUGUAUUGGUCCUUUGACCACAUGGCCGCAACUAGCUUCACUACCAGAAGCGUCUUGGAAAUCUCCUGCGCAAUGGGAACGGCUUGGGAGCUGCACCUCUGCACAGCGGUCUCCAUGACAUUCUCCUUGUCCCUGUGGGCCAUAGUCCUGGCUGCACAGGUGGACAGCGUGUCCCACGAGCCUUUGAUGGAGCUCCCGAACUGCGCCCCUGAAUGUCUCCAGGAGUUCAGCAAGCACCCAGGCGGGUACACGAAAAGGUUGCAAGUCUAUUUCGGGUGGGCUUAUGGCAGCAUGUAUGACCAAUACGCAGACUUGACAACAAACCUGAUCAUGCUGUCCUGCGGCUUCGAAUUCGCUCAGUGGUCCCUAGUUGCGCUUUUGAUUUCGUUUUUCUUGCAGAACAUCGGCGGUGCCGUGCACAUCCUGCUUUAUAACAGCAGCGAGCACAAGUGUCGGUAUGCGCUGAUGUGCUUCGUCAUGGCACCUCCAUGGGAACUGGUGGACCCCUCUACGUUGAAGAGCUCCGGCAUGUACAUGACGGCCAUGCGGCUCGUUUUCGAAGACCUUGCUCAGAUGAUCUCGCAGGUCUUCUUCACAUGGCUUGUCUACCGCAAUCCGUUUGUGAUCUUCAACCUGGCGACCAGCUCCUUCUUUGCCUGCCUAAGCGCGAAGAACGUGGCGAAGUACUACCUGGCCCCAAGAAAGGAAACCAACCCAACUGAGCCACCUUUGCGUGGUAGGCAGACGGAUACUGAAAUGCGUGCCUUGCUUCGAGGGCCAAGAUAA